GUUUCAAACAUUGUUUACAAGAUGGCGAUUGUUUGAGAUUUUUUCCUGUGUCAGAUUUGUGGAUAUUUCCCUGACCAACACACAAUUGUCACUUGUCACGCGUACUCUUAUCAACACACAUGAUGUCAGAAAGUGAAGACAGUAUUCCUCAUCUACCCCCUGACUCUCCAGGCAGUUCGGUGUCGUCAAGGCUACAGGAGGAGUACGAUGAGCUGCUGAAGUAUGCAGUAAUCUUGCCCAACUACGACCCCAAGAAAACCAGACUGACCAUCACAGAUGCCCACUCAUCCUUCCCGCAACCUCCCACUGGACUGGGCAUCACAACCAGCUCCCUCCCAACCAGGAGCUCUGGACAUGCCAAUGUUGACAUUGACAAAGGUCAUCCAGAAGAAAGGGUCAAGGGCAUUCCAGGGUCACAGGUCAGAUCGAACAUGCCUGACUUCGGACCAAGUCCCAUCGGCUCCAGAGAUGGGGACAAAGGUGAUGAGGAUGACUUUGAACUGGAACAGCCAGAUGACACAACUCCACGUGUGUCAAGUCAGUACUCGGCCCCGAGACAGACCUACUUCCCCGACCCUGAGAUAGAGAGAGAGGAGGAGAGAGUGAUAGAGGAGACUGUUUAUACCUCCACCAUAGACCCGGAUGUUGCACGGAUGGAGAACGUUCUGGAUCAGUGGACGCUUGACCUCAAGAGAAAUGUUCUAGCAGAAUUUGGUCAGUCCAAGAUCCGGAUUGUUGAAAAGAGCAGACUGGAAAUGCAGAAGGAGAGAGAAAGGUUUGUGUCGGACAAGAACCAGAUGGUGAAUGAGAUUGACAAGUUGAAAGAGCUGCUCCACACAUACGAACAAUCCAUCGAGCGGAAAGACCAGGUGAUCUCCAACCUCACCCACGCCCUGCACAAACAGAGAGAGAAGUUUGACAUGCUGAAGAAGUUCACCGAGUGGAAACUCCGACACAAUGACCUGAAACGGGAGGCGUUUGCCAGCAAUCUGGCCAGGAAGCACUACGAGAGAAGCUUGUCCUCUAGAGUGUGGGUCGCCUGGCACUCUGUCAUCGAGAACAAGUGGCGGCAGCGGGUGGAGAAGGCGUGUCAGUCCAAGGCACAGGACGUGUGCUUGCAGCUCACUAAUGAAUACGGAGCCAAAAUCAGACAGCUGAACGAGGAGCUGGAGUCUGCGCAUGUGAAGAUCGGGCGGAUGAACGUGGAGCGGGAGAAGUAUGAGGAGGCCAUGAAGAAGGCCUUCAUGAGAGGAGUCUGUGCCCUCAACCUGGAGGCCAUGACCAUGUUCCACGGGGAGGACGAGGGCGAGGAGGGACAAGUGUCUUCUGGGAAGCGCGUCUCCCCUGAUGAUAUUGCAGACAAUCUGGACAGUUAUGCCCUUGACAAAGAUUACGGUCACUCCAAGACAAUACCACAGGAGGCUGUGUACAUGACCCAACCUUCUGACCCUGUCCCACCUCGUAUAGUCACCAGUCAGGGGUCACGUACCUCCACUGUGUCACAGACUAGAUCAAGUGUGUCAUCUCGUCCCACCAGUGCCACAUCGUCUUCACAUCGUGGCAAGGUCAUCACUGCUAAGGUCACUGCCAAAGUCGACUCGGGGAAGUCCUCUCGUGGUCCGGUGACGGCAAGUUCCACUCUCGCCCCACCCAUGGCAUCUGUCAUUGUGGAGAGGCAUCAGCCUGUCACCAAGCAAACAAUAGGAAAGGCAGCAGCCAGCAAGUUUCCAUCACAGCAAGGAGGUCAGAUCUACAAGCGGUUAGCAGGUCAAGGGUCACCGGUCGUGCUCUCACCACAUAUUCAGUCAGUCAAGGUUGUGGACUGACACUGGAGAGUAUACAAGGACACAGCUGGAAACUUAGCAAGAAUGUGAUAUGACAAGGACAAUAUGACUUCAAAGAUUGGUCAGAGCGAGCGGUAGCCUUAUGGUUAAAGUGUUUACUC